CUUGAGCCUCGCGAGAUAUCAGCUCUCCGCCAAACCAAACCAAACCACCGCCGGUGCGAGUACUUAAAUUAGUGCUUCCAGCUGUUAUUUUGGCCUUACCCUAACCCUUGCACCUACUGCCAAAUACUUGAGAGAUUAGUACAGUACAAAGACUGCCCUUUGCUCAGCACCCCCUCCACAACAAGAAUUUGGCCCAGACAAUGGGCCUAGGCUCUUGACAGUUGACACCAUGUCUGUCAUCCUAUGCACGGCUGGCUAUGACCAUACGAUAAGGUUCUGGGAGGCCCUUUCAGGGAUCUGUUCCCGCACAAUCCAGCAUCCCGACUCUCAGGUCAAUCGACUAUGCAUAUCCCCCGACAAACGUUUCCUUGCCGCGGCAGGCCACCACACUGUGAAGCUAUUCGAUAUACGCUCCACCAACCCGGCCGCGAUCCUUGUCUUUGAAGGCCACACAGGCAAUGUCACGGGGGUCGCUUUCCACUGCGAAGGGAAGUGGAUGGUUACAAGCUCCGAGGAUGGCACAGUGAAGAUCUGGGAGACCAGAACCGGUACGAUCCAGAGAAGCUACAACCAUGGCUCCCCCGCCAACGAUGUUGUCAUACACCCAAACCAAGGCGAGAUCAUCAGCUGCGAUCGAGCGGGCAGCAUUCGCAUAUGGGACCUUGCCGAAAACACAUGCUCUCACCAGCUCAUCCCAGAGGACGAUGUCUCUGUGUCCAGCGUAACAGUCGCCAGUGACGGAACAUUGCUCUGUGCCGCAAACAAUGUUGGCAACGUAUUCGUCUGGAAACUGAUCCAAACCUACGAUCGCACCCAGCUCCUCCCCGUGACGCACUUCAACGCGCACAAGGAGUACAUCACCCGCAUCCUCCUGUCGCCCGACGUCAAGAAGCUGGCGACGUGCAGCGCGGACCACACCGCCAAGAUCUGGGAGGUGCGGGACCUCGAGCCCGCGCCGGCCGACAGCGAGCCCAAGCCCUUCCCCCUCGAGGCCACCCUGACCGGCCACCAGCGCUGGGUGUGGGACUGCGCCUUCAGCGCCGACAGCGCCUACCUGGUCACCGCCUGCUCCGACCACUACGCCCGCCUGUGGGAGCUGCAGAGCCAGCAGAUCAUCAGGCAGUACAACGGCCACCACCGCGGCGCCGUGUGCGUCGCCCUGAACGACUACUCGGAGUCGAGAUAGGCUCGAAGUAUUCCCCUGUCUCGUUCAGAUGGGCUUCAAAAUGAGGCUGAGAAGGCAGAGUAAGGCCGGCGCAAGGUCAUGUCCAAUGGAAGAGCAUGGAGUUUCUGGGCAUAGGGCGGGGGCUAACCGGCUUCCCCCGUAAAUUGUAUUAUUAUACUCUCGAAUUCAUGGAUUAGGGCCUUGAUGACUUUUCACGGUGGGACGACCCAAGUUGGUUUUUUUGGUAGAGCCUUGCAUUUCACGCAGGCUAAUAAUUAUGACUAUGGGAUACCAGUAUCCAGUCGUACUCUCAGGGCUGUUAAUAUGGAUGUAUCCGCCCCUUUGAAACCCAAAAAAACGCCGUGCUAAGCAUGCACUUUCGCCGCCCCCCUGGUCUUUUUCUCCUUCCACACUCCCGCCACCGUGUCACCAGCCAUCCCCCCAGCCAUCGUCG